UUGCAGUUAACCGAGGGGAUUAAUCCAGAAAAUGGCCCUGGACGACGAUCAGAGGAAUUGGAAUAAGGAAAACAUUCCGCUGAACGAAGACAAUGCAGCAUGUUGGCAAGUUUCACAAAAUGUUAUGCAAGAAAUAAGACAAGAGGUUACUCGACAAGUGCUCGCUGAACUUACGAUAAAUAAUUCGGAUGAAAGCGACGAAAGCGAUGGAAAAGAAGAUACUGAGCGACAGCAAAAUUCAGGCAUUUGUCAGUCAUCCUUUCCAUCUCAACACAGCGAUUAUUUCUGUGAUUUCCAAAAUAACGAAGCAAGCACCAAUGAACCGAGCCAGGAAAAGACUAGAAUAAUUAAUCGGCACGAGCUUUGCUUUGACAAUGCAUCAAGCGAGGAAUCGGAGGAAUCUUUUUGUUCCAGUGAAGACUGGAUGUUUUCUGAAAAGAUUUCGCUACAAUCUGUUCAACCAAAAUGGAAGUCGUUGCAACGAUCCAGAAGACCCAAAUAUAGCAACAUUGACCUUUUCGAAAACAAAGAGCGAAAAGCAGUAAAUGACGAUAAUGACAGUGAAAAAAAGAGUUGUGAAGGUCUGGAGGAGUUCAUCACACCUCCUCUGUGUACUAUUCCAGGAAUUGAAUUAGAAUACAAGAUGGACGAAUGUAGCUCGAGAAUUUUAUCUAAAAUCAUAUCACCGAAGGCUUCAACAUCAUCAGGAUUAUCUCGCGAAAUGGAAAUUCAAAACGAGCAUCGUCUGGGACAAAGUUGACUUCAGCAAUAACUGGCGAUUGUCAAAUAUCCCUGGUAGUUGACACAAUGUUUCUAAAAACUCCAUUAUCGACGAAUUAUAAUUCUCACAAA